GGAGCCCCCCGACCCCGGUGCCCCUUCCCCUCCCUCCCCGCGCGGGGCCGCAGGACCGGACGCCAGGGUCCCCCAGGCCGGCGGCGGGGUCCAGCAGCAGCAGCAGCAGCAGCAGGAGCGGCGGGGAGAGGAGGAGGAGGGGUCGCCGGGGUCGCCGGGGUCACCGGGGGUCUCGGACGGCUGGGUCCCGUCGUUCGGGGGCCCGGUGACGCUGAACGUCGGGGGGACGGUGUACGCCACGACCCUGGAGACGCUGACCCGGUUCCCGGACUCGAUGCUGGGGGCGAUGUUCCGGGGCCGGCCCCUCCCGCCGCCGGACCCGCUGGGCCGCUUCUUCAUCGACCGGGACGGCAAGGCCUUCCGCUACGUCCUCAACUUUCUGCGGUUCGGCCGGCUGGACCUGCCCCGCGGCUACGGGGAGACGGCGCUGCUCCGGGCCGAGGCCGACUUCUACCAGAUCGGGCCGCUGCUGGACGCCCUGGGCGAGCUGGACGCCCGCCGGGCCCGGGAAGGGGCGGCCGCCCUGUGCCACGCCGACCUGCAGGUCGCCCCGCGCCUCGUCCACUUCUCGGCCCGCCGAGGCCCGCACCACUACGACCUCAGCGCCGUCCUCCUGCACGUCUACACCGCCAACCUCUUCUGCACCGACCCGCUCUGCCUGGCCGAGCUGCGGGCCCGGUUCGGCGGGGAGGGGGCCGGGGAAGGGACCGGGGCCGGGGCCGGGGAGGGGGCCGGGGACCCCCACUUUCGGCUGGAGUGGGCCCCGAGGCCCGAGGCGCUGCCCGCCGCCGAGUACCGGAGGCUCGGCCUCGGCCCGCUGCGGACCCAGCCCGGCGGGAGGGAGGUCACCGGCAGGGCGGCCUUCCUGGAGGAGGUGCUGCGCGUCGCCCUCGGCCACGGCUUCCGCCUGGACUCCGUCUUCCCCGACCCCGAGGACCUGCUCAACUCGCGCUCCGUCCGUCUCGUCCGACAGUGAGCGCGACAGCCCACGCCAAGGGGCCCCACUGGGCGGCGGGGGAAUCUCCUCACCCUUUCUUCCCUCUCCUCCCUCUCUUCCUUCUUCCUCUCCUCCCUCUCUUCCUUCCUCUCCUCCCUCAC